CCUUUACAGUGGGGUGGGCACAAAGUUGGCAGAGGACAAUUUGCAGGACUUGCUCUCUGUCUCUCUGCAAUGUAAUUUGAUAAUGUAUCUUUCUCAUAAAAGGUGGCAGAUGGGUAGAGAGAGCCAUCCUGUAGUGUAAUAAACUCUGCAUACUGGUGACUUCUCCAACCCUGGGAGUGUUCAGAGGUGGAUGGCCAUCCAUAGGGAAUUCUUGCCUUGGUGGGGGAGUUGGACUACAUGACAAGUUCUAGGGUCUUUCCCAAUUCUGAAUUUCUGUUCUCUUGUCAACCCUGAAAAUAAAGCAGCCAGUUAUUUUGCCAGCAAAGUGGGUUUAUUCAGGAGUAGGAGAGCAGUUGCAAGCAGGACAGCAAUUGGGACAAGCAAGCUAUGGUGAACCAUAGAAAGGGAGCCACAGGACCACGGAUGACUAUAGAAGAGUGGUGCAGAUCCUUUCCAAAAUCCGGUACCUCAUCACAGCAACCCACAGGUGUCAGGUGCUUGCACAAGGGUGGCCUGUGCACUCAGAGGUGGGAUGGCAGCUCUCUUGCCUUGUGUUGUAGUAUAUAUGACCUCGCAUUUAAGCCCGAUGGAACGCAACUGAUUUUGGCUGCAGGAAACAGAUUACUGGUUUAUGACACCUCUGAUGGCACCUUACUUCAGCCCCUAAAGGGACACAAAGAUACUGUGUACUGUGUGGCAUAUGCAAAGGAUGGCAAGCGCUUUGCUUCUGGAUCGGCUGAUAAAAGUGUUAUUAUCUGGACCUCAAAAUUGGAAGGCAUUCUGAAAUACACGCACAAUGAUUCUAUCCAGUGUGUCUCCUACAACCCUGUUACCCACCAACUGGCAUCUUGUUCCUCUAGUGACUUUGGCUUGUGGUCUCCUGAACAGAAGUCUGUCUCCAAACAUAAAUCCAGUAGCAAGAUCACCUGCUGCAGCUGGACAAAUGAUGGUCAGUACCUGGCUCUAGGAAUGUUCAAUGGGAUCAUCAGCAUACGGAACAAAAAUGGUGAGGAAAAAGUGAAGAUUGAGCGGCCAGGGGGCUCCCUCUCCCCCAUAUGGUCCAUCUGCUGGAACCCUUCAAGCCGAUGGGAGAGUUUCUGGAUGAACAGAGAAAACGAGGAUGACCAGGAAGUCAUGGUCGACAGAUAUUUUCAGGAAAUCCCUUCCACUCUGAAGUCAGCAGUGUACAGUAGUCAGGGUAGUGAGGCAGAGGAGGAAGAACCAGAGGAAGAGGACGACAGUCUCAGGGACGACAACUUAGAGGAACAUAAUGACAUCCUGGCUGUAGCUGACUGGGGACAGAAACUAUCCUUUUACCAACUGAGUGGAAAACAGAUUGGGAAGGAUCGGUCACUGAACUUUGACCCCUGCUGCCUCAGCUACUUUACUAAAGGGGAGUACAUUUUGCUGGGAGGGUCGGACAAACAAGUAUCCCUUUUCACCAAGGACGGAGUACGGCUUGGGACUGUUGGGGAGCAGAACUCCUGGGUGUGGACGUGUAAAGUGAAACCUGACUCCAACUACGUGGUGGUAGGCUGCCAAGAUGGCACCAUUUCCUUCUACCAGCUUAUUUUCAGUACUGUCCACGGUCUCUACAAGGACCGGUAUGCCUACAGGGAUAGCAUGACUGAUGUCAUCGUGCAGCACCUGAUCACUGAGCAGAAAGUUCGGAUUAAAUGCAAAGAGCUUGUCAAGAAAAUUGCCAUCUACAAAAAUCGAUUAGCUAUCCAACUGCCAGAGAAAAUCCUCAUCUAUGAAUUAUAUUCAGACGACUCGUCAGACAUGCAUUACCGGGUGAAGGAGAGGAUUGUCAAGAAGUUUGAAUGCAACCUCCUGGUGGUGUGUGCCGAUCACAUCAUCCUCUGCCAGGAGAAACGGCUACAGUGCCUGUCCUUCAGUGGAGUGAAAGAGCGGGAGUGGCAGAUGGAGUCUCUUAUUCGCUAUAUCAAGGUGAUUGGUGGCCCUCCAGGAAGGGAAGGUCUGUUAGUAGGCCUGAAGAAUGGACAGAUCCUAAAGAUCUUUGUGGACAAUCUCUUUGCCAUUGUCUUGCUAAAGCAGGCCACAGCUGUGCGCUGUUUGGACAUGAGUGCCUCCCGUAAGAAGCUGGCCGUGGUGGAUGAAAAUGACAUGUGCCUGGUGUAUGACAUCCAUACCAAAGAGUUGCUUUUUCAGGAGCCAAAUGCCAACAGUGUGGCCUGGAACACCCAGUGUGAGGACAUGCUCUGCUUCUCAGGAGGAGGCUACCUUAACAUCAAAGCCAGCACCUUCCCUGUGCACCAGCAGAAGCUACAGGGCUUUGUGGUCGGUUACCAUGGCUCCAAGAUCUUCUGCCUCCAUGUCUUCUCCAUGUCGGCCGUGGAGGUGCCACAGUCUGCUCCAAUGUACCAGUACCUGGAUAGGAAAAUGUUCAAAGAAGCCUACCAGAUUGCUUGCUUGGGUGUGACAGACACUGAUUGGCGUGAGCUGGCCAUGGAAGCUUUAGAAGGAUUAGAGUUUGAAACAGCAAAGAAGGCCUUCACCAGAGUACAAGACCUCCGAUACUUAGAGCUCAUCAACAGCAUUGAGGAGAGGAAGAAGCGGGGAGAGACCAACAAUGACCUGUUUCUGGCAGAUGUGUUUUCCUACCAAGGGAAGUUCCACGAAGCUGCCAAACUGUACAAGAGGAGUGGGCACGAGAACCUCGCACUCGAAAUGUAUACCGACCUUCGCAUGUUUGAGUAUGCCAAGGAUUUCCUUGAAUCUGGAGACCCCAAAGAAACAAAGAUGCUAAUCACCAAACAGGCUGACUGGGCUAGAAAUAUCAACGAGCCUAAAGCUGCGGUGGAGAUGUACAUCUCAGCGGGAGAGCAUGUCAAGGCCAUAGAGAUCAGCGGCAACCAUGGCUGGGUUGACACGUUAAUCGACAUUGCCCGUAAACUGGACAAGGCUGAGCGGGAGCCCCUGCUGAUGUGUGCUCAUUACUUCAAGAAGCUGGAUAACCCUGGCUAUGCUGCUGAGACCUAUCUGAAGAUUGGCGACCUGAAGUCCUUGGUUCAGCUGCACGUGGAGACCCAGCGCUGGGACGAGGCCUUUGCUUUGGGCGAGAAGCAUCCUGAGUUCAAGGAUGACAUCUAUGUGCCCUACGCUCAGUGGCUAGCAGAGAACGAUCGUUUUGAGGAAUCCCAGAAAGCAUUCCACAAGGCCGGGCGGCAGCAGGAAGCAGUCAAGGUGCUGGAGCAGCUCACACACAAUGCUGUGGUGGAGAACAGAUUUAAUGACGCUGCCUAUUAUUACUGGAUGCUGUCCAUGCAGUGCCUUGAUAUAGCUCAAGACCCUGCCCAGAAGGAUGUGAUGCUCGACAAGUUCCACCACUUCCAGCAUUUGGCCGAGCUGUACCACGGCUACCAUGCCAUUCAUCAGUAUACGGAGGAGCCUUUCAGUUCCCAUCUUCCUGAAACCCUCUUCAACAUCUCCAGAUUCCUACUGCACAGUCUGACCAAAGACCCCCCCUUGGGUAUCUCUAAGGUAAAAACACUCUUCACUCUGGCUAAGCAAAGCAAGGCCCUGGGUGCCUACAAGCUGGCCCGACAUGCCUAUGACAAGCUGCAAGGCCUGCAUAUUCCUGCCAGGUUCCAGAAAUCCAUCGAGCUGGGCAGCCUGACCAUCCGCUCCAAGCCCUUCCAUGACAGUGAGGAGCUGGUGCCCUUGUGCUACCGCUGCUCCACCAACAACCCAUUGCUGAACAACCUGGGCAACGUUUGCAUCAAUUGCCGCCAGCCCUUCGUCUUCUCCGCCUCUUCCUAUGAGGUGCUGCACCUGGUUGAAUUCUACCUGGAAGAGGGGAUCACUGAUGAAGAAGCUGUCUCCCUCAUUGACCUGGAGGCACCAAGACACAAGCACGAGAACAAAUGGCAAGAGAUCACAAGCAGCAAUUCCCAGACUCUGAGGCUGGAUGAGACCACGGACUCCAUGAGAGAUGAUGACCCGUUCACAGCAAAGCUGAGCUUUGAGCAAGGUGGCUCAGAGUUUGUGCCCGUGGUGGUAAGCCGGUCAGUGCUCCGCUCCAUGAGUCGUCGGGAUGUCCUCAUCAAGCGCUGGCCUCCACCCCUGCAGUGGCAGUACUUCCGCUCGCUCCUGCCUGACGCCUCCAUCACCAUGUGCCCCUCUUGCUUCCAGAUGUUCCAUUCCGAGGACUACGAGCUGCUGGUGCUUCAACACACCUGCUGCCCCUACUGUCGGAGACGCAUCGAUGACCCCGGCCCGUGACUGGCCCCCUCAGGAUCACCACUCCUACCAGGGCCACCUUGCACUUGGAUGGGCUGUCACAGGAAGAGUUAAACUGUCAGAAAAAAAAAAAAUCUGUUACUUUCAGAAAGGCUCUGAGUUGGUGGCAGCCUGCUGGAGUCCACAGAUCUGUCAGACCAUUAACAUGUACACUUUGUGAACAGAUUGCCUCAAUAAUUACAAAUAAAAGGGCUACUUAUUUUCA